GAAGAUGGCGACCCUCCGGGACAGGCUGGGAGCCGGGGAGGCGGAGGGGAGCGCGAGCAGCCCGGGCAGCUCGGGAGUGGAGGUGGUGCUUUCCUCCGACCCCGCCACCCCCGCCCCGCGGUGCCCUCACGGUCCCACGCUGUUGUUUGUAAAGGUGAGCCAAGGGAAGGAAGACACGCGGAGGUUUUAUGCCUGCUCGGCCUGUCGAGAUAGAAAAGAUUGUAAUUUUUUUCAAUGGGAGGAUGAAAAGUUGUCAGGUGCUAGACUUGCUGCCCGAGAAGCUCAUAACCGAAGAUGCCAGCCUCCUCUCUCCCGAAUGCAGUGUGUGCAAAGGUAUUUGAAGUUCAUUGAGUUGCCGUUGUCUCAGAGAAAGUUUUGUCAAAGAUGUCAGCAGUUGCUGCUGCCAGAUGACUGGGAGAAGCAUCGUGAGCACCAGGUCAUGGGGGAUAUUUCUGUCACCCAGUUAAAAAGGCCCAGUCAGCUCCUUUCUCCGUUGGAAAACAAGAAGACAAACGCGCAGUAUUUGUUUGCUGAUAGGAGCUGUCAGUUCUUGAUAGACCUACUUUCUACCCUUGGGUUCAGAAGAGUGCUGUGUGUUGGAACACCAAGGUUGCAUGAGCUGAUCAGGUUGAAAGCAUCAGGUGACAAGAAGCCUAACAUUAAAAGCCUUUUAUUGGAUAUUGAUUUUCGGUAUUCGCAGUUUUAUAUGGAAGAUAGCUUUUGCCAUUAUAACAUGUUUAACCAUCACUUCUUUGAUGGAGAGGUUGCCCUUGAAGUAUGCAGAACAUUUUUACAGGAAGAUAAAGGUGAAGGAGUCAUUAUGGUGACAGACCCUCCUUUUGGUGGCUUGGUUGAACCUCUGGCUGUUACAUUCAAGAAGCUAAUUGCUAUGUGGAAGAAAGGUCAAAGUCAAGAUAACAAUCACAAAGAACUACCCAUUUUCUGGAUUUUUCCCUAUUUUUUUGAAUCCCGAAUUUGUCAGUUUUUUCCAAGCUUCCACAUGCUGGACUACCAGGCCACGCCCACCAGCCAGUCAGAGCUACUAGAUGGCAGGAAAUGGAACCAUUGCUUUCUCUGCAAAAAGUGUGUAAAGCCUUCCUGGAUCCACUGUAGCAUUUGCAAUCACUGUGCUCUUCCCGGUCAUUCUUGCGAGGGCCCUAGAGACGGCUGCUUCAUUUGCGGUGAAUUAGAUCACAAACGUAGUACUUGUCCUAACAUCUCUGCAGCUACAAGAGUUAGCAAAGCUGUCAGAAAGCAGAAGCAGAGAAAAAGUAAUAAGAUGAAAAUGGAGACCACUAAAGGACAAGCAAUGAAUCAUACAUCUGUUACAAGGAAGAAGAAAAGGAGAGAAAGAGCCCAUCAAUAUCUUUGCUCUUAAAUGUCCAGUGACUUGAGAAUAAGAAAGAUUUAUAGUCCAACCUUUGAUGCCAUUUUCUGAAAGUGCCAUGCUGGACUUAAAUUCUGUCACUUUCAAAGGUGUGCACCGUUCUAAGCGAGGUAAUAGGCAGGUGGUAUUUGCUGGUUAUAGACCCGCAGCAGUGUCUCUGGAGACCUGGUAAGUUGUUCCAUCCUUAGCUGGUUUACCAGCUCUGUCUCUCGGUGUCUUUUUUCUCGCUUUAACUCCCUUCCAAUCAUAUUAUUUUAGCCUCUUUUAUCUGAAAAGUAUGUGUACAGCAUUCUUUUGCAGAAUCAGAAGAAAAUGAAAAUCUGAGGUUUUGUUUACUACAUUACAUAAGAAUAUGUUAAGAUAAAUGUUUUAAAUUAAUGUUAACAUAUUGUACAAUGACUUAAACCCCACUUGUAAAGAGAAGUACAAUUUUUUUCAGACAGAAUCUGAAAAUGAUGGAAAGAAUUUUGACAAAGGAAGUCUAAAGAUAUAAAGAUUAUAAUUAUGGUUACAUUAUUAUUAAAUAUUUAUUUUUAAGUACUUUUUGCAAUUGUCCUUUGAUGGAAUAGAAGCACCUAAAUGUUUGUUGAAUGAAUGAGGUAUUUAGAAUUAGGACUUGCUCCAUCAUCUCGUCUUUUAACCUAAGCAGUAAGUUUCUCUCUUUAUAUAAGGAGUGCAGAAGGCAGAAUAGUUUGGUGAUUCAAUCUCCUUAUUCCUUUUUUGACUAACACUUCCUGGCAUUAUGUCCUUGGCCAGGUUAUUCACUAUUUAUUUUUAUUUAUAUAUUUACAUAUUUAUUUCCCUUCAAGAUAGAUAUUAUUAAUAUCCACUUUUUACAGUUGAGGACAUUGAUUCUUGGGUAUCUAAAGUAAUAGUCUCAUACUUUGGAAAGUUGGUAAAAGUGGUUGACUUCAGACAUAAACAUGAGAAUCUACCUCCCAGAGAUUUUGCAGUUUACAUUCACAGUGAUGUAAAGAAAUUAGAUGAAAAAUAGGACUGAUCCUUAACAAUAAAAAGAGACACAGUUACUAGGUCUUGGGAGAAAUUUGAGACAAACUUCUAGGAAGUCUUGCAUGAGUGGAUAGGCUGACACUCUAUCCACUGAGCCAAGCUGGCUAGGGCUAUUUAUGCUUUUUUUGAGGUGCUUAGCUCAUGCCUUGUAUUAGAACACUUUGUGUACUUGUUUCCCUUGUAGUUUUAGCUCAUGGGUGACAGGGGCCUGUGGGCAUCACUUGUACUGUGCAUAUGGCGAUGUCAGACACAGCUGACUGUGGCAUGUGUGAUCUCUUUAUUCCUCCCUAGAACCUUGGGAAGCAUACGGCCAGGCUAACACAUUCUUCACCCUUCAACUGGUAGCUGCUCAUAAAUACAUAUUGAGUGACUAGGAAUGCCAUUUAAUAUGCUGCUUUAUGCCUCAGAACCCUAACUGCUACACGAGUAAGAAGCUAAUAUGCUCAGAGCUGCAUAGGUAAGGAACGCUUGCACAAAAUGCAAAGGAAAAUCCAAUUUCACUGAUUUGGUACAGUUUUAAUUAGAACAUUGGGGCAUGGGUUAAAUUACUUGAGGGUCAACUAAGAAGGGCAUUGCAAUCAAUAAAGUGAAGAUAAGAUCUCUACUAUUUGAUUUCAGGCGAUUCAGUAUAAAUGUUAACUCAGCAAAACUGAGGGAAAGUAAGCAAGCAGAUCUCAGAGCUCUGAGAGGUGAGUUUUAUCCCAUUAGUGGGACAGUUGAUAUUUUCAUACUGUUUAGUUGCUGCAAAGCCCUGCAGACUGGAAGUGUAGCAUCUGGUGGUCUCAGCCUGAAUAGAUAGGCCAGCUUCUUCAUUUGCAAAUUGGAGGUGAGGAGUGACAGAAAGCUAGAAUAGCAGCCUAAGCAUUCCACAUGCUUAGAGGGCAAAGGAAACAAAGGUUCCUGCCUGUUAACGUUGCAAUAGAUGGGCCAGGUAAAUCUAAGAAAAUGCAAAGCAACUCUCAUCCUCCCACCCAGAAAUCAGCACUGUCACAGCUUCUGCGUAUGUUCUUCCAGGGAUAGACUCUUGUAUAAGUAGUUAUACAGACAGGUGCUCUAAAAUUUCUCCCACAACAAUGAAAUUGUAAAUGCAUAUUAUUGUGUGAUACUCUUUUUUCAUAAACAUGUUGUU